AUGCUGAUGAGCGAUCCUGUUAUCGACAGUAAUGAUUACAUCGACGGAGCUCUUAAUCUAGCAAUCUAUGGUUCAUACGUCGAAAUACCUUAUAUUAACAUGUUGUCGACUAGUUUUACUAUGGAAUUAUGGAUUUCCCGUGGAAAUUCUUACACUAAGGAUUCUACAGCUGAAUUAACACUUACUUUCACAACGAGUACGGCAUUUUAUAUUGGAUUAAUUUAUGGAACGAAGGAGUUUUUCGACGGUUUUAUCGACCAUGUGUCAAUAACAACACGUAUCAAAUCUACAUGUGAAAUAGUAAGAGAUGGAUCAUUGAUUGCUUAUUUUGCAUUUACAGAUGGACAAGCAUACGUAGAUUCUGGACCAUACGGAAGAAAUGGAACCAUCAUGGGCAGUAUGUACGACGCACCAGGUCGUGUUGGUGGUGGUGGUGGUCAGACACCUGACAUGCCCAACCUCAUCGUUUUUGACGCUGACUUUUCCUUUGCACCCUUUGUUUCACCUUCAUCAAUUCGUAAUUGUGUAUUAAUGUAUCUAUCCGGCACGAGUAAUAUCAGUGACACGUCAAAAGCACGGCCCUAUUUAGGUACGAAUUCAUCUGGCAUUAUAAUAGCAGAACUUCCGCAAGAAAACACUGAUGAAACACCAAUAAGUAUUCCUGCGAAUCAAUGGAGUCAUAUGGCUUUGACUGUGUUUGUUCCUCCAGAUAUGUAUUAUCCGGCGAUUAGCACUCUGCCCGUCUUUGUAACUUUAGCUAGUCCUUUAGCAGGCGGAAAUGAUUCACUCAUACAAGCACAACCAUUCGAUGGUAUUAUUAAUGAAUUCUACAUGUGGAGUCGCACACUUAACGCAUCAGAAGUUUAUGCAUUAGCCAAUCCAACCUCAACAUGA